GGGGGGGAAACUGGGCGUCAUAAUAGAAAUAUACUAAUGGCUGCCACGGGAGACGACGCUGCCGCAAUGGACAGCAUCUCCAGGUCACCUGGUGCACAUUCGGCUCCUCUAAUCGUCACAGUAGAAUGUAGGAGUAAAGGAGAAGGCUCAGAGGACGCACUGGUGCCCAUUAUUAAAAAAAACAACACCAACAGUGAUGGCGGUGUGGAGACAGCAGAAGAGGCUGUGGAGCCCGCAGAGCCUGACAUCAACGAGUUGUGUACCGACAUGUUUGAAAAGAUGUCCGUCUUCCUCCAAGGAGAACUCACUGCCACUUGCGAGGAUUACCGUCUGUUGGAGAACAUGAACAAGCUAACUAGCCUGAAGUACAUGGAAAUGAAAGACAUCAGCAUCAACAUCAGCCGAAACCUGCAGGAUCUCAACAAUAAGUAUGCCAGCCUCCAGCCCUACCUGGACCAAAUAAAUCAGAUUGAGGAGCAGGUAUCCGCACUAGAACAAGCAGCUUAUAAACUGGAUGCGUAUUCCAAGAAACUAGAGGCCAGAUUCAAAAAACUGGAGAAGCGUUGACUGUAUCACAGAUGCAGUGCUCCAAUACCUACGCUCCUUCUCUCUUCACAUCGGACACAGGCUUGAGACACAAGGCCAUUUUUGACACCCACAAGAGGGUUAGUGAGCAGGGAGCAGAUGAAGGCUGUGGGGUUUGAACGCCUAUAUAACUGACUUAAAGAAACCAAGGUGUGUAUGCACUUUAUCUAAAUAGAAAGAGUAUCAAUCAGUUUGAACUGUAUAGAAGAUGCACACUAACUCCCUGACAAACAAUAGUAAUAGAUGAACCGCACGAGUUGAACACCACUUAUCAAGUGUAGUAACAUACAUGAAGCGUGCACAAAGACUACUGACGGUAGACAUCUUCCAUGACAAGCUUAAUACGUAAUUUAUGGAGCUGCUCUCCAUGUUAGUGCUUUUUGUAGAAAAAAAAUCUGCAAUUUGACAUGAGUGAAAUGUUGUUUUACAUGUCAACAUUUUAUAGUCAAGGCUUUUAAAAUAAAACACGACGUGUAUUUGAUUGCACUGACCUUUCAUUCAAGGUUGUCACAGGUUUCUGUUGCAGUCCGACCCACUGGCCGUGACGCAAUAUAAUGAGAUCCAGUUCAUGAAUUGUGUAAACAGUUCUGCAUUUACAAAGACGACAAUGUUCAGUUUGGUUUGACACAGAAACAUUUAAAUGAUGAGCGUUUCCCACUGGACUGCAAACUGUGAGGCUGAGAUGAGGUCUUUGUGUAAUUAGCCUUGACGCAUGCGCAUGUCAUCUUUAUGGAUGCUGUGAGAGAGACAAUAAGUGAAGAGAAAAAAUACAUGAAAAGCAAAACAAAUAAGAACUUUCUUCUGUUGCUGCUUUUUGUGUGUGUGUGUGUUUUUUUUUUUUUUAAUGUCACAAGCAAGAUGGCGCUGCCUGUGAGGACCCACUGUUCGUUGAGAAGAGUGAUAUGUUCUUUAAUGUUAGCGUCUUCAAAAGUGUCAAAAGACCAAUAAAAGUUGCUAGAUUUGGCACAAAUCUAGAAGGGUUGGCAACACUC